UUAUCCAAACAAAGGGUAAAAGACAAGAUCAGCAGGGAGAGUCUCACGCUCUUCUCUUUUCCCUGAAAUAUGCCACGCUGAUAAUAAUGCCAGGCCCUGUUUUCCUCUCUCACGUUGAUAUACGUUGGCAUGAGAUUUUGACUUUGGAUGAUGCCGUCCGCCGACCAUCCUACGUGGCACCACCCAUUCCUUAUCUGCCACGUCCACCCUUUCCCUUCUCUCUCAUCUCCUCAAUAUAAUUCAGACCAACCCCGAUGGUUUCUUUUCCGUUCUUUUCUCUUCCCUUUCUUGUCUCCGGAAUCUCAAAGAUCAAUAUUAUAGCCUCUUUGCGACAGUAUCUGCACACGAAAGGUAAAAAACGAUGCCGUUUUGCAAGGUUGCCGAUCGCCAGAGCGAUACGGAAAGAGCUUGCGACAACGGCAUCGAAAUUUUCUACAGAACGUAUGGUCAUGGACCAACCAAAGUCCUACUCAUUACAGGAUUGGCUGGUACUCACGAUUCUUGGGGCCCGCAAAUAAAAGGUUUGACGGGGAGUGAUAGGCCUAAUGAUGAUGAUAAAAUGAGGACCGUUGAUCAGAAUUCAGGCGCGGUAGGUGAUAGUGAGAUGGAUGGUGAGAUCGAGGUCUGUGCAUUUGACAAUCGUGGUAUGGGUAGCAGCUCCGUCCCCACACAAAAAUCUUAUUAUACAACAAAAAUAAUGGCAAAAGAUGCCAUUGCUUUAUUAGAUCAUCUGGGCUGGCAAAAAGCCCAUAUUUUUGGUCAUUCAAUGGGGGCUAUGAUAGCUUGUAAGUUAGCAGCACUGGUGCCUGAUAGAGUUCUAUCCUUGGCGUUACUUAAUGUAACUGGUGGAGGUUUUGAAUGCUUUCCUAAGCUUGAUCGCCAGACUGUGUCAAUUGCAAUCCGUUUCUUAAGGGCAAAGACUCCUGAGCAAAGGGCAGCUGUUGACUUGGAUACCCACUACACAAAGGAAUAUCUCGAGGAAUAUGUUGGGUCUAAGACAAGGAGAGCAAUUUUAUAUCAAGAAUAUGUUAAAAGUAUAUCAUCAACUGGGAUGCAGUCUAACUAUGGUUUUGAAGGUCAAAUAAAUGCUUGUUGGACCCAUAAGAUGAUGCAAACAGAAAUUGAAGUAAUCCGGUCUGCUGGAUUCCUUGUAACGGUGAUACAUGGCAGGCAUGAUAUCAUUGCUCAAAUAUACUACGCCAGGAGACUUGCAGAGAAUCUGCAGCCAGUUGCUAGGAUGAUAGAUCUACAUGGUGGUCAUUUAGUGAGUCAUGAGAGGACUGAGGAGGUCAAUCAAGCUCUUUAUGAUUUGAUAAAGGCAUCUGAAUCAAAGAUUAGCCCACACAAUUGGACUAAUUUGCCCCAGAAAAAUUCUGGUAGUGCCAGUUUGAGAUGGAUAUCGCCUAGUAGGACAAGUACAGAUCUUUCAACAUUUGGAAUAGCAGAAAAGAUAAAUCUAUGCCUAUUGUAUAUGUGUAAACUCUUCGUGUCGGUAUUUGAGCACACACGAAGGACUCAAAGGAGUCUAAGACCAGUCAGAGUUGAGGCUUCCCUCACAUAACAUGAACCCCAAUUUUUACAGGGUUAUUGAUCCGCCUUCAAUGAUUUAUGAUAAGGUGAUUAGGUUAACUUGUUGUAGAAUGAUCGUGAGUUGCAUUCAAGAAUAAAAGGUUGAUAGGCAAGGCUGUGCAGUGUGUACAAACAAAUAAUGAAAGAGACCUCAAGUUGCAACCAAUGUAUAUCUGAUGUAUACAAUUUGUUUCCCACAAAAGAUGAGGAAAAAAGAGAGGGAGACGGUGUGGGGUUGAGUCUUAAAUUUUUUUCAUUUUGAUUUCUGAUUAUUUCAAUUUGAUUUGAUUUAAUUUAAAAUUGAACCAGUCAAUUGUAAAUGCCUGAAUUGGUGGGCAAAGAUAAAAUUGUAUUAA